AUGGAUGAUCAUAUUGCCAGAGAACGUGUGAGAAGUUACCAUUUUAAUGUAUCAGCCACACACUUUAUCAAAUUCCUAAAAUAAUUCGAUAAAUUGCAUCAAGCAGCUUAUUUUCGAAGGGAUAGAAUUGAUUUUAAUGCAAGGAAAUGUAUAUCCUAAAUCAAAUAGGCAUAACAACGAUUCGAAGCAUCUAAAUUAAUCAAUCUAAACGUGAAAAGAAAGACAUAUUUAGAAGAUCUUCUUAAUAGUUAUAAUGUAGCAGAAGAAGAUAUGUUAGAUACCUAAUAUCCUGAAUAUCAAAUCUAUAAUCUCAAAUAAAAAAGUAGGAUAAAAAGUAUCAAAUAUUUGAAUGGCAAAAUGACUCGAAAAAUCACUCAUGUAGUUACAUAUACAUCAAUUAGUGAAAAGUAUUUAGGAGGUCUAACAGAAAAAAUAGACAAUUUGAUUUUAAAAACAAAAAAAAAAGAAAUGGAAGAAAAAUUUAAAUAGUUGCAUCUUAGUUCCAUUUCAAAUUUUGAUUCUAUUUAAGAAUAUACUCACUUUUAUCCCGAAGGAAACUUUUCUACUGUUCUAGCUUAAUAUCUACGAGCUUAAGAUAAAGGAUUUCCUAAAAUAAUUGAAAUUGAAACACUAUUUGGUAUUGAAGAAUUUCAAAAUUAUUCUCAAUACUAUUGUUAUAAAUUAGAAAUGGAUGCAGAACUCAAAAAUAGAAACAAUAAUGUCGAAUUGAAUUUUGAAUAAAUGAGAUUGCUAAAUAUGGACAGAAGAUAGAAAAAAAAAGAAAAAGUAAUUAAAGAUGCUAAUCAAUAAAUUCAAAAAUCAUUAGUAUAGUUAAAAGCUUAUAAAGCAAUAAAUCGUAGUUUUAGGAAUCUAUUUAAUAAAUGA